GGUAUUUAUGAAGGUUUAUUUGUGUUACAUACUAGCUGAAAUUGUUUCAUUUUCAUAAUUCAACCCACAAUUUUAAUGCUUGUUCUUCUGUGGAUCGAUCAGUAGCUAAUACUUUCACGUAUUAUUUACAUUAAAAUUACACAAUUAAAUUUGACCUUGUGAUUCAAGUCUGAGAUUACCUAUUUUAAAUCCCUUGCCUCUACCUAGUCAGGGGAUUUAAUAGAAUAUCCAUCAAAUUAUCAAAGCCAUUAUUUUUCAUUCUGCUUUCACUAACAGAAUCGAUGUUUCAGUCAAGAAAGUCAAUUUCUUUCCUACUAUUCACUUUUUACAUAACAAUUUACUGUCAAUCAACGAUCUUUGAUCCUGAAACCGGUAAACACUAUCCAAUAUCAGAUUCUUCUCGUAUAGAAGACAUCCCAUUUUUGUUACCUAGUCCUGAUCCUAAAGAGUAUCCACCAGAAUUUCUUAACUCUUUACUGGAGCAUUGUAAUGAUCCCAUGCCUAGUUACAUUGAACUGUUCUCAAAAGCUUGGAUUGCUUUUAAAGAAAUGGGUUUCAGCAAAUCAACGUUUCAAAACACUUUCUUAUUUGUUCGCCGCAUCAUCUCUGCUAUACGUCCAUUACAAGUAUUUCAUGCUUUAUUGACAGGCAUUUUACUUACUCUUCUUCGAGUGUAUAUCACACGAAAGCUUUAUACGAAGCUUAUUACCGAUGUUGGUGUAACUCCAGAAGUUUCUGGUAAACUUAUUGAAUCUGGUUGGAAAUGUUUUUGGUUCUUAUUUAUGUGGCUUUUUAGCCUACAGGUUGUAGUUUUAAGUGGCAGAACAGAUUUCCAAUAUCCCUUGUGUGUCUUUCGCAAUAACAUAUUUACAAUUGGCUACUUUGAUAUUCCGACCCCUCCUGAUUACUAUUGGCUUUAUACACUGCAGUUAGGAUUCUACUUACACUCAUUAUGGAGUGUAUUUUUUAUGGAUUUGUGGCGUAAAGAUUCUUCUGUAUUAGUUCUACAUCAUUGUUUGACACUUUUACUGCUAGAAGGUUCAUUAUUGCUAAGAAUACAUCGUGCGGGUGUUGUAACUUUACUUCUACAUGAUUUAUGCGAUGUAUUUUUAGAAUUCGGUAAAAUAAAUGCCUACUUGCGUAUUCGACGCGGAAAAGUGUAUACUAUUCACGUAACUAUUGCCAAUAUAUGUUUUGCACUAUUUGCAACAUCAUGGGUUGUUUUACGACUAUAUUUAUUCCCAUUGAAAGUUUUAUACGCUUCCUCUUGGGGAGCUUAUAUUUGUUUAGUCGGUCGAGAAAACAGAGGAUUUCUGUUUUUCAAUUUACUGCUAUGGUGUUUAUUUGUAAUGCAUAUAUAUUGGUUUACGGUAUGUUGAUGCUGUUUUUUUCCUUGUAUUCUAUUACACUUAUUAAAUGAUUACAUAUCUGCUUCCUACUACAUAAUGUUAUGUUCUUAGAGAUACUCACUUUUAUCAGAUACUCUGUAUUACAUACCUAUAGUUUUUUUAAAUUUAAAUUUCUUAUGCAGUCAUACAGUUAGUAUUUCGUAGUAUGAAAUUAUCUAUACUAAGUUCGGUAGUGAUUCAUAUUAAAUACUAUAUUUUUACUAUUACCAUUGUUUCUAGUUUAGUAGUCUAUUUAUAGUUACAUUUUAGUCCCAGUCAUUCGUUUUAAAAUCAAUAAAAGGGUUAACCUAUUCAAUGAGGAGUCCUAUACUAGGACGAGACGGCCGUCCAGUGCUCCCAGGUUUCCCGAGAUGGUCUAGUUUUAAUCAACUCAUGAAUUCAACCAUUAAGUUACUACAAUCUCCGCAAACCCCCUUUCUGAUAAAUUUAUGGUUCUUCAAUCGUAUUAUCUACAUUCGACGUUUCCUGUCAUUCAUAUUGUUACUACGUCUACUACUUUGACAUUGCUUCCAACUAAUCGACUGAUGGAUUGACUCGAGGAAGUCUGAGACUGACAGAAAGUGGUAAUUGAAAAGUUCAUUAUACGUAUGGCCAUUCGAAUAUUUACAAGUCCAAUAGAAGCAUGUGAUGAUAUACGUGAAGAUACACCGAAUAAAAACAUCGACAAUAUGAAUCUGUGUAAUCAUAAGACUACAUCAGAAACAGUUUUAAACAAUAAUCAUAAUCAUAUCACUACUACUUAUACUGCCACUGAUAUCACUGAUACAUCUUUCAUUGUAAAGCAGAUUAAACGAAUAAAAAAUAAUAGUAAUAAUAAUCAUACGGAUAAAUCUUUGACAAAUGGAAGUACAUACAUUUCAACCAAGUGCAAUUAACUAGAAUUUAUUUGUUAUAGACAAGGAUAAAUUGUUAUUUACACAUAAUAUAACUUGUGAACAAACUAUAUUAGAUAAGUUUGUGUUUCAUACUCAUUCCAUUUAAUUCUAUUCAUUACUGUUUUGUCAAUGGUUAUUUUCUAUGCUCCUCUCUUAUUUUAUAUUCUAUUCACAUAUCUAUUAAUUUGUAAGAGAUUGAAAUUUUCUUUUCUCUAUGUUUUAAUUGUUGUUUGUUUACUUCUCGAUUUCACUACACAUUGAUUUUUUUCACAAUGAGAUUGACACACACACACGCUCACAUACACAUUGCAGUUAACUAUGGAUCUUUUAUAAUUUCAACUCUUUCAAUAUGGUGGCGCUUUUUCUUCAAGAAUUCUUGUUCAAUGUCUUAAUAGAGAUAAAUACAAGUCACUAUUAUUUUGUAUUUUGUUUGUAUUCUGAGAAAAACGAUUAAAUUUGUAACCAGAUGUAUUAGGUGAACUUGAGUUUUAUUUUGUCUUUCUGUGAUCUUUAUGUGUAGUCAUUUCUGUAUGAUAUGCGUUUAGACACGCCCUCUCAAAUGGAAGUAAAAUAAUACUUGAUAUUGUUGUUAUUAUGUAAUGAGAGUGGGAUAAAAAAGAUCCCAUGGAAAGUGGGAGUACACAAUUUGUACUUGACUUUCUCAUAUAUUGCCAUAUGUAGAUCCAAUUGUAAUGUUAGUAAAUAUCUCCCUACCUCUUUUUCUUUCACUCUGUAUAUUGUAUGAUGUAAUGAAAUCAUCAGUCUUCUUUCUUUUUUUAUGUAUCAUUUUGAACUUCUACUGUUUUCAUUAUUUCGACUUUCAUUACAGUUUUUGGAGUGG